AUGGUAAUAUACAAAGAGAAUGAUUUAUUAUCAUAUACAGAUAAUCCUUUGGGAUUGUUACCAUCUCGUUUUAUUGUAAAUUCAAAGAGUUAUUGGAAUAUUACAGGUAUAUUUGUAUGUAUACUUAGACUAUAUGCAUAUUACCCGGUAUGGUUAUUAUUAAACAACACAAGCAAUGAUUGGUAUGUAAAUAAUGCUCCUUUUUUUAUAGUUUACUCUUUAAUUUUUGGUAUGUUAAAUUCUACUUUAUAUAUAUUAAUAUCAUUUGGUGACCCAGGAUAUUUAAAAAGCUGUCCAUCAACAAAGUUGAAACCAGUAGAUAAAAUUAGAGAUCCAUUAAAACUGAAAUUUAAUUUGGAAUUGAGGAAUUUAAAGAAGGGUAAAAGUGGAAUGAAUAAAAAUGAUACAGAUAAUGUGUUUGGAUCUUCAGAUGAUGAGAAUGAUGAAGAACUGGAUGAGUUUGACUUAGAAGCUGGGUCUAUAAAUCAUUUACAAGUGAUAAAUCAAUCUGCCAAUGACACCAGCUUUGAAAUUUUGGAUGAUAAAUCAUUAGCUGAUGUUGGAUGUGGUUCAUCUUCAAAUGAGUUGAAUUUCUCAAAUAGUAUUUUAAAGUUGGGAAAUGGUACAACAUCUUUCCCACUUCUGAAUGCAAGUAAUUUGAUAAAAUCUCCAAUAAGAAUUGAUAAGAGUACAGCCAACUUAAGCUUAGUAAUGGAAAGUGCACCUGGGCAAUUUCUAAAUUCCAUUGGAGUUUCCCAAUUUUCUUUAAACAAUAGUCGAAUCUUAGAUAAUUUGUUUAAUAAUAAUGAAUCAGAAUGUUGUAAGUUAUCAAGAGAUCUUUUAGAUGGCGAUAGGUCUCCUGAGUGUAGCUUCGCUAACUCGAGAAAUUCAAAUAGAGAAGAAUUAACUUUUAGAUUAAAUCUACAAGAUAUUGAACAAAAAACACCAAAAGCAGACAAAUUAACUCAUCCCGUAUCAAAUUUGAACAGUAAUAGUUUAUCAUUUCCGCUUUCUCCAUGUUCCUCGGAUGGAAUUGACCCCCUACCAAGAGGAGAAAUGAGUACUACUAAUCUCAAAAAUAGCUGUUUUCAAAGUAAUGAUGGCUACUUUGUUUUUAAAGAGGGUAAAAUGUAUCAGAAUGGGGUCAGAUUAAGAUUUUGUGAUUACUGUAGAAUGUAUCAACCACUUCGAACAAAGCAUUGUACCUCAUGUGAAAGAUGCAUUCGGACUCAUGAUCAUCACUGCCCCUGGCUUGGAGUCUGUAUUGGUGAAUAUAAUAGAUGCAAGUUUUGGUGGCUUUCUCUUGUUCAAUUUCCAGAGUGUAUUUGGAUUCUUUACUGCAUUUCUAUUUGCCUUUUCAAGGCAGAUCUUAAUAAUAACCACCCAACCAUUUUUGAUGUAUGCUCCAUGAUUUUUAUUGCUGGAAAUGCACUUUUUAUUGCUUUUCUUUCUCUAUUACUUGUUGUAUACCACCUUUUUCUUGCCUAUAACAACCUAACUACCUGGGAGAAUCUUGCUUGGAAUAAGAUAUCAUAUCUAAAACCAUUUCCAGAUACGCAAAACUCACCGUUCUCCAAAGGACACAUAUAUAAUAUAGCAAUCUUUUGCAUUCCCUAUUAUGUGGACGAUCUCAUAAUAGGCGAAGAAGGAGAGAUAAUAUGGGAAAGGAAACCUCCAGACAAUGUUUAG